AUUCAAAUGCACAAAGUUUCUUCAGUUUACAUUUGUGCGUGAGAGUGAGAUAGAGAUGAUUGAAUCGAUCGUUUUUGGCUGCAGCCAUGGAAACUAUCAGUCUUCAAGGUUCAGUUACAUUCUGUGAUAAAGACGAUGCGUAACUGCUAAAGAGUGCUCAGAGAAAAUUCACAAGGCAGUAAUGAAUAGAGGUGGAAGCUUUGGUGGUGGUCAGAGCUCCUUAAACUAUCUCUUUACUUCUGAUGAAGAAAAAAGGGCAGCUCCAGCAUCAAGAACUCUUCCUCUCCCACCAUAUGGAAUCGAUAUGCCCCAAGAGAAGAAGCCAUCAGAAAAAUCUCCUCAUCUCCCAACUAGCGCUGAUCAUGAGAAACAAAAUGUUUCCAACAAUUAUCACAGGGCAGAUGGCCAGAAUUCUGGAAACUUCAUAACUGGUCGUCCAUCUACAAAAGUUCAAUCAGCUCCCGGUGGACAGUCAUCCCUCGGUUACUUGUUCGGAGAAAAGUGAUGGCUUUUGCUGAUCUCUAUUUUAAUCGUUUGCCUUUGAAAGUCAGGUGUGUUUUGUUUCUUUUUGUGCAUCAAUAAAAGUGGGGGUAGGGUUUUCUGUUCCCUACAUGUUGGGAUUGUGUAAGUAUUUGGUCUUUGGUUUCUUGUUGUUAUUGUUUGGAUUUGUCCUAACACGGCAUCUUGCCAGACUAGGGUUUUACUGUGGUUAAAAAAUAAGUACAAUAUGAUUGUGUGUUUGAUAAGGUUCUAAUUACAUGUAAGUUUGGUUAGGAGAAUGAGAUUAUUGUUCAUAGUAUGCUAAACAAAGAAAGCUAAUGGAAUAAGAAUCAAAAUAUUCUAAUGUUUAUUUCUUCA